AUUUAGGGUUUUGUUUGCUAGUUUUCUUCUCACCGUAACCGAUUGGAACAGAAGUAGAGGGAUGUCGUCGAGGCCGGAACUUCAGGCGCCGCCAGAGAUAUUCUACGAUGACACCGAAGCUCGCAAAUACACUUCCUCUUCUCGGAUCAUCGAAAUUCAGGCUAAGCUCUCGGAAAGAGCAUUGGAGCUGCUUGCUUUGCCUGAUGAUGGAGUUCCCAGAUUACUCCUUGACAUUGGUUGUGGAUCUGGACUUAGUGGGGAGACACUGUCUGAGAAUGGACACCAAUGGAUUGGUUUAGAUAUCUCAGAAUCAAUGCUUAAUGUUGCAUCAGAGCGCGACGUUGAUGGUGAUCUAUUGCUUGGAGACAUGGGUCAGGGUUUAGGACUUCGACCAGGAGUCAUUGAUGGUGCUAUUAGCAUCUCAGCAGUUCAGUGGUUAUGCAAUGCUGACAAGUCCUCGCACGAGCCACGGUUAAGAUUGAAGGCUUUCUUUACAUCAUUAUAUAGAUGCUUAGCAAGGGGAGCAAGAGCAGUGCUCCAAGUAUAUCCUGAAAAUGUUGCCCAACGUGAGUUGAUCCUGGGUUUUGCAAUGCGUGCUGGAUUUUCUGGUGGUGUGGUUGUCGAUUUCCCGCAUAGUACUAGGAGUAGAAAAGAAUACUUUGUCCUCACUUGUGGUCCACCCUCACUAAGCACAGCUGUCCCAAAGGCGAAAGGUGAAGAUGGAGAGAGUUGUUCUGAUGAUGAGAGUAGUGGAGAUGAAGAAAAUCAAACAGUGUCCAUUUCAGACAGGCACAGACCAAGGAAAAAGCAGAAAAUAACCAAGAAAGGGAGGGGGAGGGAAUGGAUACUGAAGAUGAAGGAACACAUGAGGAGAAAAGGAAAUACUGUGCCGCCAGAUACAAAAUACACCGCUCGCAAACGAAAGGCCCGCUUUUGAUUCCCUUUGAGUGCUUGCUUAUAUCUGCAGAGUAUAUUUUAGGAGGUUAUUGCUGCUGCUGUUCUUUUGUUGCUUCCCUGAGCUGGCCUGACGGAUAAGGGUCCCAAUUGGGUGAAAUAUGAUAUGUAAUGGGUUUGGUAAAUUGAGGGAACUGUUAAGCACCAGGCCAGUUUUUGAGAGUUUUAGGAAAUUUAUUUGAGAACCAAGAGGGUGGUGUGCUACAAAUUUUGCGUUAGUUUUAAUUUAGUGCAUUGAAGAAUGGCUUCCUGAAUCCUUAUGAGUUAUAUGGCAGCUAGAAUUUGCAAUUUUUAUA